AUGGCGUUCCCGUACCCGGUACACACGCGCGUGACGGCGCGCAAUGUCGACAAGAUCCAACUCGAACGCCGACGACAGGAGUCGGAGCACAACGCGCUGCACAAAUUCGCACAGGGAAACCAGUUGCAGACACUGCAGAACCAGUCAGACGCCACUGUGGCAUCCCGUCGCCGCAUGAACCACGCGGCUCAACUGUCAGCCGAACGGAUGCUAGAGGAGUCGCAUGCUCGGAAGAUUAGUGAGCGGCAACGCGCCACUCGAGAGCGUCAGCAGAACGAGGCGCUUGCCCAUGCACUCGAAACCAGCAAAAAGGCCCAGGAGCAGCAGGAGCGAGACGUGCAGCGCAUCUGUGAAGCCAGCGAGGAACUGCGCGAACUCGAGUCGUUCCUCCGUACGGCCUACAUGAACAAGGAGCGGGCCACGCAGCAGCUUGAGCGUGAGACGCUGACCGCUUUGGAUCGUCAACGUGAAGCUGCGAUAGACCACCAAAUGGAGAAGCGCGUCGAGGCCGAACAGGGUAAACAAGUGCUCCAACUUUGA